AGAAGUUUAUUUCUGAUGAUAACUAUUGAAAUUUGACUGCCUGUUUCUUUGUGAGGUUGCAGUUCAUUAGCAACCAAAGAUCCCAUGUAAACUGGCUUGCCAUUUUCAUGAUAAUGCAAGAUGUAAAGACAAGAAGAGAGGGAGAGAGCUGUGAUGAGAAAAAGCCGCCAAAAUAAGAAGAAAAGUAUCUUGUUGAUUAUUUCCAGCAUUAGUGCAACUGAGGGGAAUAAACAAUUUCUCUGUGAGUUGCCAUCGUGCGUUUUGCUUCCCAUUACUGAGCCCUGCUACAGGAAUUUUCUAGCAAACAUACUAAAAUUUGGAAAUGCUUUUCCCACAUCAGCUGCACUUUUCUCUUUGGUCUUGUUAACCAAACUCUUAACACAUUCCAGGCAUUAUUCGCCCUCAGACCACAGGGUAGCAAGGAGGUUGUUACUCCACAGAUAGCCUUUGAGGACAUCAGUCCUGUUCCCCAAACACACGUGCUAGACUGGAUCACAGAUUCAAGCUGUUAAGCCCCAGAAGAGGAAGGCUACUGGGACAACGGAAUACCAUUAGGGAUUUGGAGGUUUCUUAACAUCACUUCAAGGAAAAAUAGCUCUGCCCUCCCUUGGAAGCUGUGAAACAUGAGCUUUCGCUAUAAUUCUGCCUGUGCUCUUGAGCUUGGCUCCCUGACGCACUCAGGAAGGCUCUGCUGUGCUUGUAGGUCCCUGAGAUUGCAGAGCCAGCUGUUCAGCCCCCCUCUGGGAAGGGACCGUGACGUUGCCCUCCUCUCUUUCCCAUAUUUCACCUGAGCACUACCUGUGUCACAAUGCACUUGAUAGCUUUACAGUUCACUUAAGCUGAAAUUCACUCUGUUCAUACUAUCAAGGUAAUUAAAUUCCUUCCCUCAGUAAUUUUUGUAUUACAUUUAGAAGAAAUAUAGUUUAUAACUGUUACAAUUCAUCCCUUGGAAAAAUAGUAUCAUUAAACUUCCUUUUAAAUCAAAGAACCUUUCACAUUUAUUUGUCUACUCAUUAUUCAUAAUGACAAACAGCACAAUAUUGCAAGAGUAAUCAGAGGUGCAUUAAAAUAUCGCUUUUACUAUUUAUGCUUGAAAUUUGUACAUGUGAAAAUUGUCAAAGCAACUCAAGACCCAAGCACUAUAAAUAGUGCUCUAUUGUUAGUGGAUAAAAGAUGAAGCAAGUCUCAUGGCACUGGAGCACGUCCUAGUAAGUGCUACGCUCAGCCUGUGCUAAAAGUGAAAGGCUGCAUCGACUGAUAAAGUAGUCUGCAGGCAAGGCAUACGACUGGGGGGAGCUUGGUCUGCCUCUGCAGCUUCCCCUAAGCGACGCGAAGGCAGCAGCUGCGUAUCUGUCUGCCUCAGCAAUGGAAGAAACAGUUAUAAGACACUGGGUGGAAACUCCUGUGCGUUAUCAAGAAGAGUUUGCAGUCCAAGAGCCAGAAGCGUUCAAACUGGAUCACUCCCUGUACGCUUUGCCGGGCCCUUCCACAGCUGCGCUGAGCAGCAGAAGGCGAAUCACAGAAAGUGCAGCUGGGGCCGGGACGCGCGACCAGGAGGAGGAAAACACCCGCUUUCAGGUCUUACUGGAUGUUGUGCAGUUCCGCCCUGAAGAUAUCAUUAUUCAGACUUUCGAAGGCUGGCUGCUGAUCAAAGCUCAACACGGACCCAGGAUGGACGAACACGGUUUCAUAUCCCGAAGCUUUACUAGACAAUACAAAUUGCCCGAUGGAGUGGAGAACAAAGAUCUGUCUGCUCUUUUCUGCCAUGAUGGCAUUUUGGUUGUUGAAAUGAAGAACUCGGUGGGAAAGAACUAAAUUCUUGUGAAUAGUUUCUCGGUGAGACAAAAUUAUUCUUAAUGUAACAAAAUACUGUAACUCAAGCAAUGCUGUAGAAUGUAGUCAAGCAUGUGGCUGUAUUUAUAUUACAAAUAAGGAAAAUCUUUGUAUAUAUUUCUCAGUAUGCUGAAUUUAUUGUUUGGUGUGAAAACAGACUGCUUGCCUCCAGCUACACAUGUGCUGGAAAGUGAGGCUUUCUGAACAGUAGAAAAUUUAGAGUAGCAAGAGAAAAAAAAUCUAUUUGAUAAGAUACUGAAAAUAAAUCACAUUUAAGAGUU